AUGGAACGAGACCCAGCACCCAACCACGACGGAACCGUAUCUUCCCCCGGCGGCGGAGGGGCGACGACGACGCAUCCGCGCCUCCCCAUCGCCGAGGUGGGCGUGGCCAACAAGCGCGCUCAGAUCCGUGGCAUGCUCAUCGGUAUCGCCGGUGGCGUCUGUUCCGCCUUCAUCUCGAAACGAGCCUUGAACCUCAACAGCAACCAAAGUCUCCUCUCCGGACUGCUGGCGGGGACGGGCGUGGCGUACGUGGCGGCACGGCAGGAACUCACGCACAACCUCGAGACGCUCGAGGCGUCGCACCGCCGUACCUCCGAAGCCGGCGAGGCAGAAAUGACCCAGCUCGACCUAAGGAGCGCCCACGAGAGGCAGUUUGAUGCCGGCGUCGCCGGGUUGCACACCCUCGAGGAUCGCGCCGCCUCCACUCGGGGUGACCAUUGA